CGUACAGGAAAAAUAGCUGGCUGGCGGGAAAUUCGUUAGUUGAGAGGAGAAAAGCACACUCUGCGACUUCUAUACUACGACCGCAGCAGUAGAAGCUAUUAAAACAGCAGAAUUCAACAAGAGUAUUACAGUCUUUAAGCUCAUGCCUUUCCUCUUUGGAGAUGGAGAAGAUAAUUUUGCUGAGUGAAGGAGAACAUGUGAAUAAGUUACAAGAGCACCUUAACAGUAUCAAAGACAAUGAGUUGACCUCUUUAAUUACACAGACUGCUGUAAAAGGAAAGAACGUUGGAGAUUUAUUGAGAGCAGUAUUCAGAGGGUCAUCUUUUGCUGAAAGGGAAUGCGUGAAACGACAGAUGCUUGUCUAUAAGCAUUGCAUCCAGCUCUGUGAAUCUGGAGACCUUAAGUUAGAAGUGGUGUCGGAGAUUAUUGGACUGCUCAUGUUGGAGACACAACAGCUACCGGGAACAUCUCUGGCUGAGCUGGCCAGCUUAUAUGUAGACACAAUUAAAGAGGGAAAUCUAGCAAAUGGAAAGUCUUUGGAGCUCUUUCCAAUCAUUCUCACUGCACUUGCAACAAAAGAAACUGUCACAUAUGGAAAAGGUCAGCUAAGUGGGGAAGAAUACAAGAAGCAGCUCAUAAACAGCCUUUGCUCUUCAAGAUGGGACCCUCGGAGUGUAAUUCAUCUUACAGCAAUGUUCAGGGAUGUCCCUGUCACUGUAGAUGAAUUACAAUUUAUUGUUGAGAAGAUACUUCGAAUGAUGUUCAAGCUGGACCUUCAGGAAAUACCACCUCUUGUUUACCAACUGCUUUUACUCUCUGCCAAGGGUUGUAAGAAGAAUGUUUUGGAAGGAAUCCUUGCCUAUUUUAAUGAACAAGACAAGCAACAGAAAGAAGAACAAAAAAACAGUGGUUCCAUGGAUCUUGAGGUAACAUCAAUACCUCACGAUCAACUUCGCUAUAUAGAAGGAACAGUAAUUAUUCAUAUUGUUUUUGCUAUCAAACUGGACCAAGACCUGGGCAGAGAGCUUGUCAAAACACUGAAGGGAGAUGUGACCAAAGUAUUGUAUCCUUUCAACAUAGCGUUGGUGUUAUCUGUUGCUAGAAUACAUCGAUUUCAAGAGCAGAUCAUUGACUUCCUUAAGGGUGCAAUUAUAAAGAGCUUCAAGGACAUUCAGCUCAAACAAGGGUCCAAGUUUAUUCAAGAGUUAGUAUUGGAAUCCUUCAAUAUAUCUGAAGCAAUUCUGGAAACAGUCAAAAAUAGUGUAUUUGGAUGGGAUCAUGUAACACAGGGUUUGGUGGAACUUGGAUUCAUUAUUAUGGAUUCAUUUGGUCCAAAGCCUGGCCCGUUUGGCAAGUCGGAAUCUGGACAUUCUAUUGUUAAGACACCUACUCAACAGGCUUGUGCACUUGGUGCCAAAAUAUUACUGGAAACAUUUAGGGUUCAUGAACCCAUCAGAACAGAAAUUCUGGAACAAGUCUUAAAUCGAGUAAUCACGAAGGCAACUUCUCCUGUUACUCAUUUUAUAGAUUUGUUCUCGGAUAUUGUUGUGUCUGCACCUAUGAUUCUCCUAGACUCUAGUUCUAAAGUCAUUGAAGCUUUUGACCAACUUUCUUACCUACCUAUCAGCACAGUCCAGAGUCUGCUUAAAGCUGUGCAGCCAUUAUUAAAGGUCAGCAUGUCAUUGAGAGAUUCCCUUAUUUUAGUUCUCAGAAAGGCGAUGUUUUCCAGUCAGUUAGAUGCAAGAAAGUCUGCAGUUGCUGGUUUCCUUCUAUUGUUAAAGAAUUUUAAAGUGCUCGGCAGUUUGGCCUCUAGUCAAGCUAGCCAGUCUGUUCCCUCAAGCCAGAUCCAAGUAGACAUCCAUUCUCGUUACAAUGCUUCUGCAAAUGAAGCCUUCUGUCUCGAGAUUCUGGGUAGUUUGCGUCGAUGCCUUUGCCAGCAGGCUGAUGUCCGGCUCAUGCUUUAUAAGGGCUUUUAUGACGUACUUCGCAAAAAUUCUCAAUUGGCAAACUCGAUCAUUCAGACUCUCCUUUCUCAGUUAAGACGUUAUUAUGAACCUGAGCAAGACCUUUUGCCACCUAUUAAACUGGAAGGAUGCAUUGCUGCCCAAGGGGAUCAGAUAUUAUUGCAUGAGCCUCUGGCUCACCUCCUGAGUUGUGCAGUGCACUGCUUACUUUGGCAAAAGGAGCAUAGCAGUCUUGUAAGAAAUCAUGGUGAUGAUGAGGAGGAGGAUGAGGAAGAUGAUGCAGGCUUACAUGAAGAACUUGAAGCUAUUCUUGAAUCUCUUACACGGCGCAUGAUCAAAAGUGAACUGGAAGAUUUUGAACUGGACAAAUCCGCUGAUUUUUCCAUGUCUUCCGGUGUUGGAGUGAAGAAUAAUAUUUAUGCAGUUCUUGUAAUGGGAGUAUAUGAGGUGCUUAUAGAGUAUAACUUCAGAUGCGCCAAUUAUAGUAAGAAUAAUUUUGAAGAUAUCAUUCGACUUUUCAACUGCUAUCAUAAACUUACAGAAAUUCUCAAAGAAAAGUUGGGUAAAAGUAAAACUUUCAAUAAAUCACCUCGGAGUCUUCUGUCUUUUGGCUUUGUAUCAACUUUGCUAAAAGCACUUUUCAGAGAUAACACACAGAGUCGUGAAGAAAGCCUGUCUGUCCUUCGCUCUAAUAAUGACUUUAUGCGUUAUGCUGUGGGUGUAGCUUUGCAGAAGGUCCAGCAGCUGGAGGAGAGUGGACAGGUGGAUGGGCCAGAGUGUCAAAACCUUGAAAAAUGUUUCAGAGAUUUGUGUAAACUAACCAGAGUCUUGUUGUGGAGAUACACUGCAGUUCCAUCCACAGUAGAGGAAAUGGGGAAGAAAGAGAAAGGAAAGACCGUUUCGAUUCUGUGCCUGGAGGCCUUGUUGAGAAGUUUUAGUACUGUACAAUCUCGCUAUUCAAACAAGAUGAAUCAGUUUCUUUGUACUAUAGGUCCAUCAGAAACAGAGGAUGGGGGAAAAGAUUUAAAUGCAACAGAAAAAACAGAAUUUUAUAUUCGCCAGUUUCAGAGAUCUUUAGUAAAUCAGCUAAAUGGAGGAGAAGAUGACUUCAACAGCAAAGAAGCACAGUUGCUGGUGAAUAUCCUAACCUUGUUGUCACGCCAGUUGGAGCCUUCCUCCUCUCAGUUUGUUCAGAUGCUGUCAUGGACAGUUAAAAUAACCAAGGAAUGCACCUUAGAGGAUCCUCUACUUUGCAAAGGGCUGCUGUCAUUGAUGUUUAGUUUACAUGUUCUGUAUAAGAGCCCCGUGAGUGUCUUGAGGGAGUUUGCUCAGAACAUACAUAGCCAGCUUGGGGAUAUUGAUCAGGAUGUUGAAGUGGAAAAACAGUUUAAUUUUGGUAUAAUAAAUAUCAAAACUGCAGCCCCUACUGCCACUUUGCUGGUUUUGGCACAAGUCGGGAGAAUUUUGGAUGAAGUAGACUGGUUGAUCAGUAAGCAGAAGGAGCAGCUUUCACAAAGAAAAACUGUAACAGAGGAUGCCAUGGAGACUCAAAUGCAGCCUGAUGCAACCGAGAAGGCUAUCUGCCUGCAGCUGGGCACCUUGCUGACAGUACUGCAUGAGUUGGUGCAGACGGCAUUGCCUCCUGGAAGCUGUGUGGAUACAUUAGUGAGAGAAAUCUCAAAGCUAUAUACUAUAUUGACUUCACUUGUUAAAUAUUAUAUACAUAUCUACACAUAUCAACUUGGUCAUUUCCCAAGCAGGUUUGAGAAGCUGGUUAAACUUUCUGGAUCACACUUAACUCCCCAGUGCUACAACUUCAUUACAUACGUGCAGAGUGACAGUUUGACUGGAGGAGGAGAAAAAAAGAAGAAGAAGAAGAAAGAUGAAGCCACAUCAUCUGUUUCAGCCAAAAUGCUGCGGGAGACUCGAGCUAUUCCCAACUUAAUCUUCAGUAUUGAACAAUAUGAAAAAUUUCUCAUUCAUUUAUCCAAAAAGUCUAAGGUAAAUCUGAUGCAGUACAUGAAACUCAGCACAUCAAGAGAUUUUCGUAUUAAUGCUGCCACACUGGAGGCAGCGCUUCAAGAACAGGAAGGAGUGGAAAACGACAUGGAGCAGAACAGAAUGAGCGAAGAGACAGAGGAGAGGCAGGAGCCAAAGAAAAAGAGAAGGAAAAAGUGAAGCAGCGCACAGGCGGUGUACUCCAGCCACACACACUGGAUUUAUUGUGUAAAUAUUAAAUGGUAUGGCAUGAAAAGAUAAAGGAAAAAUAAAUAAAUGUCUGCUGUCCAUGAACAGUGUAACUACUGCUGAAAGAUUCUAAACUGAUAUUUUCGCAGGAUUGUUUUAUUUACAACACGCAAGUGAUGCAGGUUCUUAUAUUUACAAAUAUUUAAAAAAAUACACAUGCGUGAAAAAAAAAAAUCUUAAUAUUCUUUCAUGUUCAAAACUAUAUAAAUUCCAGUUUAACCAAAGUAAGCUGGGGUAGUCGGUGUUGCUCCACAUUCAUUAUUUGCCUUUUAAAUGUUUUAUUCUUUGUUGAGCGAUCCUUUGGUGAUGUUAAUGGUCUGAUAAAUAUCCAGAGCCUCUCCUAAAAGGAAAGAAAACAAAAUGUAAUUUUAUAAUGUAAAAUAAAUAUUUAACACUUAAUAUAA